CGGCUCUCAUCUUCUUCAGCUGCCUGUGCUCUUACAAUUCCGUAAUGGCUUCUGUGCGAUUAUACCCUAAUUCAUCCAUGUUAUUGUCUCAGAAACUUACGCAUUUUCAAACUAAUUUCAAAUUCUUCGUCACAGCACCACCAUUUUUGCUAUGGAAGCUACAGUCAAUCCCUCGAAAAGCAUCAGUCUUUACACAAUCAAUAGCAGAAAAAGACGUCGUUACUUCUGCUCCCGAGAAUCUCUCUUCCAAUUCAAUUUCCAAACACAAUAACACCACGUUUUCAGGGUUAGAGGAUAUAAUAACGGGAUAUAUAUUCGGCAAAAAGAAGGCCACUGAAGUUGCUCACUCAGUCUGGAAGAAUGUUAUCCGGAAAGGGGAUGUUGUUGUUGAUGCCACUUGUGGAAAUGGAUAUGAUACCUUGGCAAUGCUAAGAUUGGUUGCUGAUGAAACACGUAAAGGUCGGGUUUAUGCAAUGGAUUUACAAAAAGUUGCCUUGGAGAAUACUGAUUCUUUGCUGGAUCGAUCCGUCAAUCCAGAUGAGAGAGAAGUGGUAGAGCUUUAUGCCAUUUGUCAUACUAAAAUGGAGGAAAUUGUUCCCAGUGGUGCUGCUGUGAGAUUAGUUGCAUUCAACUUGGGUUACCUUCCAGGAGGUGACAAGAAAAUCAUAACUCGGUCGGAGACAACAAUACAUGCACUUGAGGCUGCCAAAAGAAUACUGGCACCUGGAGGACUCAUCAGCAUAGUGGUCUAUGUGGGCCAUGCAGGUGGAAGGGACGAGUUUGCAGCAGUCCAAGCCUUUGCUUCUGAAUUACCUGUUGACAAUUGGGUCUGCUGCAAACUCCAAACAUUAAACCGUCCUUUAGCUCCUGUACUAGUGCUUCUGUCUAAGAAAUGAGCAUGUAAUGUUUUGUUGCUAUGUGGGAAACUUCCAAAGUUUAUUUGCCUAAUGUUAACCAAAAUUUUUGUUGUAGCUUUAUUUGAAAUUCUUUAGGCGCCUUGAACCUCCUCGAAAUGAGGAAACUCCACACCUCAUCUACCCCAUUAUUAUGGUUAAACUAUGCAUGCACUUUGUUCCUCAUCAUCUGUGUGGACCCAUCGCUGGCCUUACGAAAUCAAUUUUAAUAUGAGAUUUCAUUA